CGGGGCUGGGGGCGCGCAUGCGCGGCCGUGCCGUGCGACGGCGGAGCGGCUGGGGGGUGCCGGUACCGGACGCAGGUAAUGAGGUCUGAUUGAACAAGAUUGCUCAGCUGGAGCACAGCUCCAUGGAAGCUACCAGCUGGUUCAAGGAGCAACAAUGGAUUGGCCCCAUCAAAGAUGUAGUAGGGGUUGGGAGAAGACAUCUCACCUGAAAUGGAGGUGAUUGAAGGAGCUGAACACUGACUGCACCAACAUGGGGCUGCGACUGCUGGCUUGUCUUUUCCAUUUGCCCACUGCAGUGAUCUACGGGUCUCUGUCGCUCUUUGUUUCCAUUUUGCACAACGUGUUCCUCCUGUACUACGUGGACACCUUCGUCUCUGUUUACAAGAUUGAUAAACUGUCCUUUUGGAUAGGAGAGACAGUGUUUCUGAUCUGGAACAGCCUCAAUGACCCUCUGUUUGGCUGGCUGAGUGACCGAGUAUUCCUUAGCACACAGCAGGCAGGAGCAGAGAUUUCGUCCCCUGAAGUAGUUCUGAAGAGGCUCAGAGCGCUAAGCCACAAUGGCCCUCUCUUUGCCAUUUCUUUCCUUUUUUUCUGGGUUUCCUGGGCUCAUCCUGGUUUGCAGUUCCUCCUUUGCCUUUGCAUGUACGACAGUUUUCUCACCAUGGUUGACCUCCAUCACAACGCCUUGCUUGCAGACCUGGCUGUUUCAGCAAAAGACAGGACUAGCCUCAACUUCUACUGCUCCCUCUUCAGUGCCAUAGGCUCCCUGUCUGUCUUCAUGUCCUAUGCAGUGUGGAACAAGGAGGACUUCUUUUCCUUCCGCAUAUUUUGCGUCCUGCUGGCCCUCUGCUCCAUUGUUGGUUUCACCCUGUCCACACAGCUGCUCCGCCAGCGUUUUCAGGCUGAUGGGAAAGCAAAAUGGGACCAGGAAUCAACCCUGAAAGAGCUGUACAUUGAGAAACUCUCCGUCCCCCAGGAGAAGAGGAUCACCCUGGCAGAGUAUCUCCAGCAGCUCUCCCGGCAUCGCAACUUCCUCUGGUUUGUCUGCGUGAAUCUCGUCCAGGUUUUUCACUGCCAUUUUAACAGCAACUUCUUCCCUCUGUUCCUGGAGCACCUGCUGUCAGACCAGAUCUCUGUCUCUACUGGAUCCUUCCUGCUUGGUGUUUCCUACAUUGCCCCCCAUCUCAACAACCUCUACUUCCUGUCGCUCUGCCGCCGCUAUGGGGUUUACGCUGUGGUGCGAGGACUCUUCUUCCUGAAGCUGGCUCUGAGUGUUGUCAUGUUCCUGGCAGGACCUGAUCAGGUGUAUCUGCUCUGCAUCUUCAUUGCCAGCAACCGCGUGUUCACAGAAGGGACCUGUAAGUUACUCAACCUGGUGGUCACUGAUUUGGUGGAUGAGGAUCUAGUCCUGAACCGUAGGAAGCAGGCAGCCUCAGCCCUGCUCUUUGGGAUGGUGGCUCUGGUCACCAAACCGGGCCAGACCUUCGCCCCUCUGAUUGGCACCUGGUUGCUCUGUGAGUACACAGGUAAGGAUGCUCCUGGGGAGAGCAGUGGAGCAGAACAGGGCAAAGUUCAGUGUCUGGCACCUUGUGUUGUGCCCUGGGUGGGUGCAGAGGGCUCUUCAGUUGCUAACCUGUGCCUGGUCUCUGCAUCUCCACGGCUGGUCACUCAAAGAGAAUGGACAAAGAUCCAUCCCCACAGCCCCAUUCUCACAAACUCUUCUCUGACACCAGGCUACGACAUCUUCCAGCGCAACCCCCUGAACAACGUGGUGAGUGCCCAGCCGAAGCUGGAGCCUGCCAUGGCCUUGGAGCCGACUCUUCGCCAGGGCUGCUUUUACCUCCUGGUCUUUGUGCCCAUCGCGUGCGCCCUGCUGCAGCUCCUCAGCUGGUCACAGUUCAGCCUGCAUGGGAAGCGCCUGCAGGUGGUGAAGGCUCAGCGGCAGAGCCUGACACAAGGCCAAGCACCAGAGGUCAAAACAAUCUAAGGGUGCCUGAGCCCCCAGGAUGCUGCUGGUUCCAGGCUGGUGCUGGAGGUCAGGUGGAGGGCAGGGAUGGUGGGCUGAGAGAGCCUGAUGUUCAUGGUUCAGCUGUGAAAUGCUGUGAUGCCAAUGUUUGUUCACUCCAGGUGGUCAUCACUGGGGAAAGCAGAGAGGUCCAGCAUGUGAGGGGCCUGAGAUAGAGCGCUUGAUCUCAGGAGCAAGAACAUUUUAUCCCAGUCCCAGGGAGCAGAGAGCUGCUUAUUCCAGCAAAGAGGUGCUGGGUUGCAGGUGCUAGAAAACAGACACAUCCCCAAUGUGCUUUUCUGCAUUGGGCAUGGCUCUAGGGAGCCACAGCCUCUGCAGCUGAGCAGGAGACUGUACAGGGAGUCCUUCACUAGAGCCUUUCACUCUUGUGGAGUGGAAGGCUCCUGAGGGACCAAGUGACCAAGGGAGUGAUUGUCAAACUGGAGCAGGGAUGACAGGACCUUGAAGGCCUUUCCCAGUAACUGGUAAAACCCUCCCAUUAGCAGUUCUGUGGUUCUUGGACCAAAUCCAUUCUUAAGCAUUUGCUGUUCACAAGACAAUAUGCUGCACAGCCAGGAUCUGCUGGGUGUGCUGUUUUAUGCUGAGGUUCCCUUCUCUGUGGCCUUGUAGAGGAAGUUGUUGCUGGCCUGGAAAAGGUGCUGGGCUCAAACUGAGUUCAGAGCCUUCAGCUGUAUCAUUUCACUGGGCAUCCCAUGCAUGUGUUUAUUCCUCAUUUGCCCUCCAUAGCCCCUACUACUCAGUGCUGUCACACAGCUGUACCAUGAGCCCCCUCCAAUUCUGGGUGAGGUCAGGGAGCCAGCCCCUAAUCCAGCCACUGGAAGUGCCUCCCUGCCCAGGGCAAUCCCAGGUGACCUGGUGAGGCAGCCUGGUGCCCUGCCCUCUGGCAGGAGAGCACAGCCUGAAGGAGACACCAGGUCUUGCUUUUGUGCCUUUGAUUGCUCUUGGGAGCCUGUCUGACACAGUACUGGGCAGUCACAGGGAUUUUACUCCUGUGGGGAGGGGCAGACACCUCAGCUCCUCUGUGCUAGAAACAGCACCCAAGUUAGAUCAUCUCACCUGCUGAGAGCAGGUCAGAGAGAGCUGAGAGCUGCUGAGCCAGGGACCCUAGGAGAGCAGGUGCUUUGGUCUCCCUGGUUUUGGCUGAGAGCAGACUGACAGGUAAUCACCAAAGGGGUCUCUGAGGCAAGGGAGUGACUCCUCAAACCCUGUAAUGUGUUUGGGGGCAGGGAGAAGGGAUGUGCCAAAGCCUGUGCCUGCCUGCUGCAGGAAGGUGGGCUUGGCAGGCAGUGUUUGAAGCUGUUGCACGUUGAGGGAUGUUCUUUUAGUCCCAGGUUCUCUCUGGGGUCUCAGCCCACCAGCCUGCCAUCUUGCCUCAGGACAUGGCUGCCUUCUGUCUUGGACCAAGACAUUCCUGCCAUGAGGCUGCUGUAGUUCUUACUGGUUCAAUCAUAAGUAAUUUGUGCAACUUCUGACCAAGUUUGAGAAUGAUUCUCCAUUUCAUAAAUUAAAGAUGAUCUUUUUCUGAA